UGCAGCACCGGAGGAAGGCAGGGAGACACCGAGGGACGGAGAGAACCGGACCUCCCUUUCCUUCCCUCCUAAUUCCACCUCUGCCGUGGAGCCUCCUCACUCACCCCAUCGUUAUCCCUUCAUCCCAACCCCUCGGUCCAUCUUCUCCUCUUUAAUUAACCCUCUUAUUCCUCUCUCCAUCUCCCCACUGAGUCAUCUCCCCUCCCCCCGUUCUCUGUCACACAUUUCCCCCUCUCCUCCUCCUCCUCCUCCCCUCCUGUUUUCUCUCUCCCUCUCUUCUCUCUCUCCUCUCCAGUGUUUCCUUGGUCGCUGUUAAAGGCAGAGCGCGCACACACACAUACACACACAUACACACACAGGGGCGGCAGGAUGUCGAUCGUCAGCAUCGUUGCCAGGGAGAUCUUGGACUCCCGGGGAAACCCCACUGUGGAAGUCGACCUUCACACAGAGAAAGGUCUGUUCAGGGCUGCAGUGCCCAGUGGAGCGUCCACGGGGAUUUAUGAAGCUCUGGAGCUUCGAGAUGGUGACAAGACUCGCUACAGGGGCAAGGGCGUUUUGAAGGCCAUUGGGCACAUCAACGACACUCUGGGUCCGGCUCUCAUCGCCUCUGGCAUCAGUGUGGUGGAGCAGGAACAGUUGGACAACACGAUGAUUGAGAUGGAUGGCACAGAAAACAAAUCUCAGUUUGGAGCCAACGCCAUCCUGGGAGUGUCUCUGGCCAUCUGCAAGGCCGGGGCAGCCGAGAAGGAGGUUCCUCUGUACCGCCACAUCGCCGACCUGGCAGGAAACACGGAGCUGGUGCUGCCGGUUCCCGCCUUCAAUGUGAUAAAUGGAGGAUCUCACGCUGGAAACAAACUGGCCAUGCAGGAGUUCAUGGUUCUGCCUGUCGGGGCAGAAUCCUUCAAGGAAGCGUUGAGGAUAGGAUCUGAGCUCUACCACACACUGAAGGGGGUGAUCCAGGAUAAAUACGGCCAGGACGCCACUAACGUGGGAGAUGAGGGAGGAUUUGCUCCCAACAUCCUGGAGAACAGUGAAGCUCUGGAUCUGCUGCAGACGGCCAUAGAGAAGGCCGGCUUCACGGACAAGGUGGUGGUGGGGAUGGACGUGGCCGCCUCAGAGUUUUACCGUGACGGCAAAUACGACCUGGACUUCAAAUCCCCACCAGACCCGCAGCGACACAUCACAGGAGAAGAGCUCGCCGACAUCUACCAGGGCUUCGUCAACAACUACCCAGUGGUGUCCAUCGAGGAUCCGUUUGACCAGGACGACUGGGAGGCCUGGUCCCGUCUCACAGCCCAGGUGGGGAUCCAGGUUGUCGGGGACGACCUGACGGUGACCAACCCCAAGAGGAUAGAGAAAGCGGCAGAGGAACGAGCCUGCAACUGUCUGCUGCUCAAAGUCAACCAGAUCGGAUCCGUCACCGAGGCCAUACAAGCGUGUAAGCUGGCUCAGGCCAACGGUUGGGGUGUGAUGGUGAGCCAUCGUUCAGGAGAGACGGAGGACACUUUCAUCGCCGACCUGGUGGUGGGACUCUGCACUGGACAGAUUAAGACCGGCGCCCCCUGCAGAUCUGAGCGGCUGGCGAAGUACAACCAGCUCAUGAGGAUUGAAGAGGAGUUGGGUGACCAGGCUCGCUUUGCGGGCCAUAACUUCAGGAACCCCAGCGCUCUGUGAACCUGACAGACGAAUGCCUCACACACGCAUGCACACAACCACACACACACUCUCUGACGAAACCAACAAAUGAGGAAUGAGCCAUGUACAAAUAUAGAUCACACAAAUUCAGGAAAAAAAAAAAAAAGAAGAGCCAAGCAAAGGAAAGGAACCACUUAUGCACUGGACUGAAAGAACAGAGAUGAUGCUGUAUGCAGACACGCACACUCACGCACACUCACACACACUCACACACAUGCACCUGUAUGGAGUACGCAGAUGCAACCCCUGAUAAUGCAUAUGCAGAGGAAAACACAACAAGAAUAUAAUAUUUCUAAGCCAGACAUGCACUGUUACUGUAGUAGUAGUUCAUGUACCGCUAAAAGAUAUACCUGCGAGAUGAGUAUUGUUGUAAAAACAGGAAUAAAUGAUGAAAAACAUUGUGGAAUAAUGUAAUCUGAAGCACUCAGCUGAAAGAGAUGGAAGAGAUCAAGGGUUUACCGCCAAACUAGAACGAUGCAGUUUCAGGGCAAUCGAGUAUCAACAACAAAAACACACAAUGUUACACUGGAAAACUCACACAUUCAGCCGUGUCACACUCUCACCUGGACACUCGAGUACCUGCACCCCUCCCACCUUUGUCCUCCCCCCUCAACCUCUUCUCGUCUACUUUUUCUCCUCGUCUCGUCUGUUUCUCAGUUUCAGUCGCUCCUUUUUCUUCCCGUUCAAAUGUGAUUCUGAUGAUUUGUCCUUCAUGCUUGAAUUUCUGCCUCUGUCUAUAAGAAAAAGAAGUGAAAAUAUAUUGAGCCUGAGUCCCUUUGUUCCUUUUGUCCCCUUCUGAAUGUCUAUAGAAUAGCUGUGUUGAAAAGAAGAAAGAAAAUGAAAACAAAAAACUUAAAGAGAAUGCUUGAUGUUCACAAUAUGUGAAAAUAUGUGAAAUAAAAAUUCAUUUACAAUUUCAGCCCCA